CCUUAUUCAAGAGACAAAAACAAGUAAAAAUGGGGUCUACUCAAAAGAAUAAAAAGUUGGGUCUUCUUGGAAUCGCUUCCAUCCUCCUCCUAGCUUUCGUGGUGGCUGCCACCGCCACCGAGUCAGGCAGCGAUUCUGGUUCUGGUACCCAGUCAUGUCCUGCUGAAGGUGAUAACAAGGAGACCUGUGGCGCUCCUGAGAUUCACGCUACUAAUAAGCUGAGCACACACGAGGUUAUGAAGUCGGCGUUUUCGCUGCACGGUUUGGCGGACGCGAUUUCCAAGUCGGAUCAAAUAAAGAAGGCGGUGAAAUCCAUUUGCGAGUCCACCGAUUUCAAGGAGCUGUGCGAGAAGAGCGUUGCAAAAGCUAAUAACUCCAACGACCCCAAGGAGCUUAUCAAGGCUGCGUUCUCGGUGGCUUGGGAGAACAUCGCCGACGUCAUUUCCAAGUCGGAGCUUAUCAAGAGGGCGGACAAGGACCCCAUGACCUCCGGUGCACUGGACGUAUGCAAGGAGGUGCUAGAGCACUCAAUUUCAGAUUUCAAGAGGUCUAUUUACGUACUUGACAAAUCUACUACCCUCAACAACCGACACGGUAACGAUCUCAGGGUUUGGCUAACCGCCGCCAUGACUUUCCAAGAGACUUGCUUGGAUGCCUUCGAGAACACCACCGGCGACACCGGCGAGAAAAUGAAGCACCUCCUUAAAACCGCCAUGGAGCUCACCAGCAACGCCCUGGCUAUUGUCACUAAGCUUGACGAUUUCCUCAAGAGCUUGGAAAUCCCUGGCAUCAGUCGUAGGUUGUUAGAAGAACCCACACCGAAAGAUGACAGUGGAGAACCAUUACACUCCACUGAUGAAGAGAUUCCUCAAUUCGUAGACCCUGCCACUCGCCACCUCCUGGCUGCUCCCCCCAAAGCCGACAUUGUGGUUGCCCAGGACGGAAGUGCCAAGUUUAAGACCAUCAACGCCGCUCUUGACUCCAUCCCUGCCAUAAACGACCGCCGAACCGUCAUCCUCAUCAAGGCUGGCGUGUACAAGGAAUACGUGAUUGUUCCUAGUAAGAAGAACAACAUUGUUUUCAUGGGAGAGGGCCCGGCCAAAACCGUGAUCACCGGAAACAAGAAUGUCGCAGACGGGGUCGUUGGCGGCACUUAUAAGAGCGGCACGGUGACUGUUGAAGCGGAGGGUUUCGUUUGCCGAGAUCUUACAAUCGAGAAUACGGCCGGGCCGCAGAAGGGACAAGCCGUGGCUCUUAGAAUCUCAGGCGACAUGGCGGCGGUCCACAAUUGUCACCUCAAUGCCUACCAAGAUACCCUCUACACCCACUCUUACCGCCAGUUCUACCGCGGCUGCACCAUCAGCGGCACCGUCGACUUCAUCUUCGGGAAUGCCCCUGUUGUGUUCCAGAGCUGCAAGAUGAUCGCGAGGAAGCCAUUGGAGGGUCAGGCGUGCAUGGUGACCGCUCAAGGUAGAAAGGACAGACGAGGAGCAGCCGCCAUUGUCAUCCAAUCCUGCGACAUCGUCGCUGAACCCGCCCUGAAGGCCGCCAACCCACCCAACAAAGUGUUCCUCGGGAGGCCAUGGAAGGAGUUCUCCAGGACACUCAUCAUGUUCUCUUUCAUUGACAACAUCGUCGUCCCAGAAGGUUGGUCUCCAUGGAAGGGCAACUUUGCACUUGACACUUGCUGGUACGCAGAGUAUAAAAACCGCGGCCCAGGAGCUUCAACCGAUAAAAGGGUGAAAUGGAAGGGUUACAAGAGGAACAUUUCUCCAGAGGUUGCUAAGCAGUUUACUCCUGGACCGUUCCUGAUGGCUGAUGAAGAAUGGCUCGGGCGUGCCCAGAUCCCCUUUUCUCCUGGAUAUGUGUAGAAUAAGCAAGCUAUCAUGAGAGAGAGUCCGAUCAACCUACUUUUACUAUAACUAUCGAGUAGAUAGGAGGAGUUUUCAUGUGAAAACCUCAUCUCACUAAACUAACCACUUGUUUGGCUCAUUCAUUGAGAUACAAAUUUUGAGUAAUAUCCUCUUCCAACCAUAGGAUAGUUGGAGGAUUACAUUACUUUUGAAUCAUAAUAAAAAUUUUGGUUUCAAUUUACUUUU